AUGCUGGAGAUCUACAGCAACCAGAGCGGGGUUAACUUCAGUACAGCCAACGAGUUUGGUUAUGGCAGGGUGAUGUCUGUGGAAGAGAUAACCAACUCGACGAUAGCCGAAGAAGAGAAAGUCCAACGCAACGAUAACCUGUCUUUCCUCGACACUAUGCGCCAGAAGUUGUUGAAGAUCCUGCGCAAAGACGAGCAACAAUACUACCAAGACCUCAGGGACUUCAUCAUGAGGCUGAAGAUAUCCGAAGAAAAACCAGUGGAGUACAUGACACCUAACAACUCUCCUAGGGUUACCAUGUCCGACGAGAACUUGAACAUCGAGGAUUUUAUCUUCAAGCCGCUUCACAAAUAG